CUGUCUAUGCAAAGCCUGGCUCAACAUUUCAGUGUGCCAAGAACUUCUAAGGUUCGCAUCGCAGCAAUGGCAACUCCUCGGUUUGCGAAGGCCACAGCAGUCCUCAGCUGCCUUGUUGCUCUUGCAACACUUGCAAGCUGCAACACUGAAGUUGACAUACUGUACGAGCAAAGGCAGACAUGGAAGGACCCAAACGAUGUGCUGGUGAGCUGGGAUCCGACUCUUGUCAAUCCCUGCACCUGGCUCCAUAUCACUUGCAACAACGACAACUCUGUCAUCCGUGUGGAUUUGGGGAACGCAGGUCUAUCAGGCUAUCUGGUUCCAGAUCUGGGAGGACUGAAGAACCUCCAGUACCUGAACUUGUAUGGGAAUAACCUGACAGGGUCUAUACCUGAAUCUUUGGGCAAUCUGACGCGUCUUGAGGGGCUGGAGCUUCAGAAGAAUGCGCUGAGCGGUGCAAUUCCAUCCUCACUCGGGAACAUCAAAACAUUGCAGUUCCUGAAGCUGAACGCGAACAUACUGACCGGCACGGUUCCAUUGGAAGUCCUCUCUCUUGUCAUUGCUGGGAAUCUGACCGAGCUAAAUAUUGCAAACAACGACUUGGCCGGCACAGUCAGAUCAUCUGGUUUGAGAGUGACUGCAAUCAUUCAGGACAAGCUGAAGACUGCAUGAUGAUGAGUCCCUGGAUCAGGACAUUGGCUUUCUUCAUGUGUAUAUUGGCAAGAAAUAAAAAGGAUAAAUCCAAUGACAUGGAUUGAUCUAGACAUCUUGUAGUAUGAUAUGGCUGCUGAAUAUAUUAUAUUCUUCUCAGAUUGUCCCCUUGAGUAGCAUUAGUUAAUGAGAAUAUAUGGGGCAUCUCUAGUCCUCGAGAAAAAAAAUAAGUCUUCCCAAUUUUCCUAGCAUUGUAGAAGGUACUGUUAAUAUAUGUAAUGCGAAAGUUGUGGUCGUUAACUAUAAGUUGAUAAUGCAAAAGGUGUGGUUACCGAUUC